CAUGACUGGAGUCUUCCUGCUCCUCUGCGCCUCCAUGCUGGCCGCCGCCGCCUUUGACAUUGGAUUAUCCACCAAGUGCGUUCCCAUUCCCAAAGAGAUGGCCAUGUGCAAUGACGUCGGCUACUCGGAGAUGCGGUUGCCAAACCUGUUGGGACACACUAACAUGGCAGAAGUCGUGCCCAAGUCAGCAGAGUGGCAGAACCUCCUACAGACCGGCUGCCACCCCUAUGCCAGGACCUUCCUAUGCUCCCUAUUCGCCCCAGUCUGCCUGGACACGUUCAUCCAGCCCUGCCGCAGCAUGUGUGUUGCUGUAAGAAACAGUUGUGCUCCAGUUCUGGCAUGUCAUGGGCACUCCUGGCCUGAGAGCUUAGACUGUGACAGGUUCCCAGCUGGGGAAGACAUGUGUCUGGACACUCUCAGCAAAGAGUAUCAGUAUGCCUAUAAAGAACUGCCAAAGCCAAGCUGCCAGGGCUGCCCACUUAUUGAAGAAUUCUUUUCACACAAGACAGUCUUGGAAGCUUUUUGUGACAAUAACUUUGCUGUUAAAGUGAAAUUGGCAAAGAAGAAAACAACUUCAGGACUUCAUGAAUAUGAGACCGAAGGCCCAGUUGAGUUCAUUAAACAAGGUCUGCUCCUUCCAUAUGACACACGUACCAUGAUUGAACAGUGGCUGCUGAUUAAUGAGAAUUGUGCUCAGAAGCUGAUACGGAACAGACCCACAGUGUAUGUUAUUGCUGGUGACAUCCAUCAUGGAAAGGUUAAAGUCAACAGGGUUUUCCACUGGCAGAAAAAGGACUCUCAGCUGACACUUGCCACAAGGAGGUGGAGACACCAUAAAUGUUAAUACAGUUCUUGUACUUCACUGUAUGUAAAUACACAAGGCACUCUUUUUUAAAAGGACUAUAAAUAUAUAUAUAUAUAUAUAUAUAUAUAUAUAUAUAUAUAUAUAUAUAUAUAUAGUAAAACAUAAAGACUUAUUAUAACAGCUGGAUUGAGCGCAUCCCAUUACCAUGCUGAAGAGGAAAUACUAUAAAAUUGCAGCAAUUAUAUGAACAUUGUAUAAACUGAGCAAAUAUUAUAUGUAUAAAGUGAGAAAAUAGUAAAUAUUUAUAAC